AUGGCGGUGUGCCUGAUACCUGUAAUAACGUCGGAGUCAGUUGGCGUGUACCACAAUCCUGGGAUUUACCGUACAAUUAAUGAUAUGCUACUCGUGGAGUACGACGACCGGGAGUGGGUGCGAAGGGAGUGGGUGCAGCCCCACAAGGGCGGCGCCUUCCAGGUCUUCCUGGUCGAGAGGACCCUCAUCUGGUGCAGCAGGGCGGAAUCGCCGCGGUCUCCAUCGUCGUCUCUCGGUCCCGCUCUGACAUUCACGACUCUUGUCGGCGAACUUCCAUCUGGACAAGAAGCUGUCGAAUUCAUCCGAGACAGACAUCUCGCCUUCCGCGAUCCAACCACAUUCAAGACCGUACAGGACGUAGAUAGGAGGUGCAGGGAGGACCAAGCCGUCAGAGAUUGGAUAAGGUGCCAGGACGGGCAGGGCAUACUCCUCACGACGCCUUCCAUCCUCGUUGGGUAUCGGGUACAGGUUUAUCGGGUCGAAGGUACGACGCAGUGGUACACCGCCGUCAUAGUGGGCUACAACCCUGCCACUGGGGUAACUUGCCCCCGGCGGUUGGCAGGAUGCCCCUCCCCGCCUGGAUCAUCUUGUUACAGGAAGAUCCUCCAGUCGAGGUGUCCAUUAGCCUUUCAAGGAACUAACAGUGACAGACGAUACGGUAUUGGAGGACCACAACGAAGAUCCCUGCCUGGUACAGAUGAGGCUUAUUGGAGAUGGAGGUAA